AUGGCGUCAGAAAUGAAAAAUUUGGAAGAAAAAAAGCUUCCAGAAAAUUCGCAUAUUAAACGAGAUGUCGAUAAUAAUAAUUCAUCAUUAAUUUUUCGAUUUUCAAUUAUUAUUUCGGUGAUUGUUAUGUGGACAAGUUAUACGAUUAUGGUUCGCUAUGCAAAACAAAAUUCACAAGAGGUAAUCAUGGAGAAUUAUUUCGACAAACCAAUAGAAGUAUUAAAGAUGAGCGUCCCUUCGAUAGUUUAUACUUUCCAAAACAAUCUUGAAUUUGUAGCUUUAUCUAAUUUAAGCGCAGCUGUUUACCAGGUUACUGUUCAGCUGAAAAUCGUUACAACUGCAAUUUUCAUGACGUUUUUUCUGCACCGGCGACUUUCGCAUCGUAGAUGGUUUGCUAUCCUUCUUCUAUUCAUUGGUGUUGCCUCUGUACAGCUCAAUGCCAUUAACGAUGCGAAGAAAGGUGAAAAUCAUAUAAUUGGUCUUGUCGCGGUAUUACUUGCUUGCGUAAUGGCUGGUUUUGCUGGUGUCUAUUUUGAAUGGAUGUUAAAAAAUGGAACAACUGGUCUGUGGAUGCGAAAUUUCCAAUUAUAUACGUGUGGUAUGGUUAGUGCUUUUCUUGGGUGUUUCAUUAGUGAUGGAAAAAGAAUCGUUACAAACGGCUUUUUUGCUGGAUACAAUAUCAAUGUUAUCGUAAUAAUCGCUUUAUUGAGCUUUGGUGGAAUUUGCGUUUCGUUAAUUAUAAAAUUUCUCGAUAAUAUUCAUAAAAGUUUUGCUUUAUCGUUUACUAUAAUAUUUGUAACAAUUAUCUCAGCGAUCAUUUUUGGUGAUACAAAUUUUGGUGCUUAUUUCAUCAUCGGUUCGAUUCUUGUUUGUGCUGCUAUCUUCAUUUAUAAUUCAGUUAAAGAAUAA